AUGAAUUUCAAAAUUUGUGGCUCAAAUAUAAGACCCACAGGGCUGUCAGCUGCUGUGCAUUCUUUCCCAGAAGUGCAUGGAGUGGUGGGACACUCUGUCACACUGCCAUGUAUGUAUCCAGUGUCUACUAGAAAGUUCUAUAUGUGCUGGGGCCGAGGGCCAUGUGGUUACAAUACAUGUGGAGAAAGACUUAUUGCAAGUGAUGGAUACAGUAUCCAAUAUCGGGCAAACAAUCGCUACCAGCUAAAGGGGCAGCUUCUUCAAGGAAAUGCGUCCUUGACAAUAUUGCAUCUCACUGAGAGUGACAGCGGUCACUACUGCUGCGGAUUCCAAAUGAAGGGAUGGUAUGGCAUUAGAGAGAUAAUCACCCCCUUACUGCUCGUUCGACCAGAAAUUUCCACGAGUCCACCAACAAGACUCUCAACUACAAGGCCCACAACUACAGGAAGACCCACAACUAUUUCAACAAGAUCCACACAUGUACCAACAUCAACCAGAGUCUCUACCUCUACUCCUCCAACAUCAGCACACACACAGACUUACAAACCAGACUGGAAUAACACUGUGACAUCCUCAGACAACUCUUGGAAUAAUAACACCGAAGCAAUCCCUCCACAGAAGCCACACAAAAACCUGACUAAGGGCUUGUAUGUUGGCAUCUGCAUUGCAGUCCUGCUGCUGCUGCUGCUUGUGGGCACUGUGGUUAUCAUCAGGUACAUGGUUAGGAAAAAGAAGUCGGGAUCUCUGAGCUUCCCUGUGUCUAAGAUCAGACCUUUGCAGAACACAGUGGUUGUACAGUCCAAAGGUGAAGACAAGAUCUACAUUAUUGAAGACACUGCUAACCCUGGAGAACAGUCCCAGUGGCCCUCGGAGGCGCCUUCUGCCUGAGAUUACAGAGAUUGUCACAGAUAUCACAAACACCUAUCACAGCUCCAGGGCGGUGUUGGUUCUUCCGGCUGUAAUGGAGAGAGUAACCCUUGACUGUGUACACUCAGAACUUAAGGUUAACAUCAUCCUAAUUCUUGUAUCAGCACCACCUCAGUGUCUCCACUCACUGCAGUGAUUCUUUCAAGUGUGAAUGUUUUGUUUUGUUUUUGAUUCAACACAAUUACCAGUAAUACAGAAAUAGUCUUGGUUAUUUAAACCAUCACAAGAGGAAAUAUUUAAAAGUUAAAAAUAGUGUGUGGGGGUGGACAGGAAGUCCUGAUUUCAGAAGAACUUUGUAAUCAUGUUUUAUGUAUUUUGUCAUACUUUGAAAUGUCACUUUCCCCAUCUUUCCCAAAGGUCUUUAAUCACAGGAACAUGGAGGUUUAAAGGGAAUCUAAUGUUGCUUUUUAGAGGUUGCAAAUUUCUCAUACCUCUGGAAAUAAGAUCAUUUAUUAUGCAGUUGAUCUUAGCAUAAGGAUGGGUGUUUCAUAUUAGGAGCGGUUACCAUGGUGAAUAUGGACCAGGCACACAUCAGGGGAAGAAGAUAAUGGACCAAGGGAUUCAGUUUAUUGAUGCUAUUUCUACUCCACUCCUGUCUUGAUGCUCACUGUUCCAGAACUUACCCACUAGGAGAUGCUAGGAGGAGACAGUGAAGAAAUGAAAGAGCACAGGACACUGGCUCUCUGCUGAAAGAAGUCCUAUGGCAGGUGUGACAGUGUUUGGGACUAUCACGGUUUCCUUCAGACUUCUAAAUUUCUAAAUUGUCUUCAGGACACGUUUAUAUUUAAAAUUAUUUCAGAAAGACAACACAUUUUUUGUAAUGAAUCAGUUUGUCACAAUAAAAUAGAAAAUUUAGUUUUCCAAGAGUUAAC